AUGUCCUCGUCUCCCGACUCCAGCCUCCACUCCACUACCAACCCUGACGCCAACGUCCACACUAAACACGCCUCCGCCUUUCUUCCGCCUAACUCUUCCCUCCCGACCAUCAGCGGCGACAUCUCAGGCUACGGCGCCGUGCACAGAUACCCAAGUGACAACGACAUGCGUCCCCGAAACGCCCCCACCGCAGCAGAGGCCACCGCCAUCACGGCGCUCCAAAUCGCUGAAGAGCGCCAUGCACGCGAAGUUCAAGCGCUUAAAGAAGAACAUACCCAGGAUCUGGAAGCGCUAAGAGAAGAAACGAAGCACGUCCACGACAUUGAAACUAUCGAAGUGAAAAUGGCGCUGUACGCGGAGCACAAGAGGGACCUGUCGGAGUUGAAGGAGGAGAGGGAACGGGCCUGCGAGCAUUCCAAAGCUUUCUUCCUCGCCACGCGGGCGCGGGAGAAGUCGCCCGCUCGCUUCCCGACCCCGUCGCCGGUCGCUGCUGCUCCAAGGGAGCUUCAUCCCACCUGCGCGGCCGCUCCGGUGGAGGCGACUUCUGUUCCCAGUGGUCCCGCUUCGACAUCCACAGCCAGCUCAACGGCCACAACUUCGCCCGAGAUACCGACCAGCUCGACCACCACCACCACCACCACCACGGCGCCGACCUCCCCCCCGAUGCCACCCUCUCCCGACGCCCGUCGCGGCUCGGCUGUUGCCGCAGCACCCCACGUCCACUUUUUGACUACGGGCAUCACGCCCACAGAGGCGAAGGAGGCAACGGGUGAGGGUGGAAGGAGGGAGGGGGAUCAGGGAGGUGCUGUGAAGGUUGUGGUUGGGGCGGGAGAAGGAGAUGACGGUGGGAAGAGGGAGAGGGAGGAGUGGGUACCGCCGCUGUAG